AUGAGAGCAACUCCGCGAAAAUAUCAAUGCCUGCUGUCUUUGCCGCGACGAUACCUGGUGAUCCACGACGACGAAGGAAACCCCAGCGUCAUCGACAUCCUGGCACCUCUGCCCCAAGCUAGGACCAGCCGCUCCGAUAUAACCCUCCACUUUUACUCGCAAGACAACCCAAACGACGCCGAAGAUCUUUCCAUGGACAUGAGCGAAGUUUUCGCUUCGCCCAAUUACGACCCGAGUCGUCUUAACGUCUUUAUUGUCCACGGAUGGGCGAACGACCAUUUCAGCGAGGUCAACACGGUGAUAAGGGAGGCUUUUAUCGACGCCAUGGACGUCAACGUGUUUGUGGUAGAUUGGGGUGGGCCAGCAGGAGGCUCCUACAGAAACGCAGUAGCCAAUGUGCCCAGGGUCGGUACCUUUUUAGGGGAAUAUAUUGGGGAAUUACAAGAGAUUUUUGGAUUGGACCCUGAAGACUUUUUACUAGUCGGUUAUAGCCUCGGGGCUCAUGUUGCCGGAAGGGCCGGUUCCCUCUUGAAUGGCAGUGUAGGAACCAUUGUAGGACUAGAUCCAGCUGGGCCGUUGUAUUGGUUUACCGGGCCAAGAAACAGAUUGGAUCCCACAGACGCCCAAUUCGUCCAGGUUAUCCACACUAACGACUACAUUCUGGGAUAUGCCGGGAAUUUAGGGACCGUCGAUAUCAGGCCCAACGGAGGUGGUUAUCAACCAGGGUGCGGUUUUGACUUUACUGGAUCCUGUUCGCACUCGAGAUCCUACCUCUACUUUGCGGAGUCCCUCAUAUCUGGAGGGUUCACUGCCUGGCGGUGCAGCAGCUACAGCGCCUUUACUAGCGGCGCUUGCUUUAGCAACUGGGUGACGCGAUUGGGGGGUGUCUUGAUCGACACCAGCGCUUUCGGUUCGUACUAUUUAGAUACUAAUAGACAGUCGCCAUUCUCGCAGGAUUAA